UCGGUUGGGACCCAAUGGGAGGUCCUGGCGGGCCGCGAGCUGAUCUUCCAGGACAGAGUCCACUCUUUCAGGGGUGGCGGCGGGUCCCUGGCGGUCGCAGGAGCGGGACGCGGGGUGGAGAGGGGGCUGCGCAGGAGCGGGCGCCCUACGGCUGUGACCCCGGGCUGCACCUCCUCUCCAGCGCACCGGAGACCUCGCUGCACCGAGUCUGCAGCGCCGGGGCUCCGAGGUCAGAGCCGUGUGUUCCCCAGGAACCACAGAUGCGCGCCUUCGCGCCUCCUCUCCCCGGCUUGCAAAGUCGCUCUUCCCUCCCCUGACCAGGUGACCUUUGGGCUCGGGGAUGGAUCCCAGGAAGAAGUUGGCGUUUGUGGGGACGGUGCCUGAGCAGGAGAGACAGGUUCCAGCCGAAGAGGCCAGUCAGAAAGUCUCAUCUAAACGUGUCUUGCCUGCACAUCCCUGGGAACACACAAUGAAACAGAGGUUCGCCUUUGACAAUGUUGGCUACGAAGGGGGUCUGGACAGCAGCUGCUCAUCAUCCCCAGCCACCACCGGCGUGGUUAGCAUCCUGGGCAUGACUUGUCAUUCUUGUGUCAAGUCCAUCGAAGACAGAAUCUCUAGUCUGAAAGGCAUUGUGGACAUUAAGGUUUCUCUGGAGCAAGGCAGCGCCACUGUGAAAUACGUGCCCUCAGUCACGAGCCUGCAGCAGAUUUGCCUUCAGAUCGAGGACAUGGGCUUCGAGGCCAGUGCUGCAGAAGGAAAGGCUGCCUCCUGGCCUUCCUGGUCCUCCCCAGGCCAGGAUGCAGUGGUUAAGCUCCGGGUAGAGGGCAUGACCUGUCAGUCCUGUGUCGGCUCCAUCGAAGGCAAGAUCCGGAAACUGCAAGGGGUUGUGAGAAUCAGAGUCUCCCUCAGCAACCAAGAGGCAGUCAUCACAUACCAGCCUUACCUCAUUCAACCUGAAGACCUCAGGGACCACAUCUGUGACAUGGGAUUUGAAGCUGCCAUCAAGAACAGAACCACUCCCCUAAGGCUGGGACCGAUUGAUAUAGACAAGUUGGAAAGCGUUAACCUAAAGAGACCAGUAGUUUCUCUUAACCAGAAUUCCAAUAACUCUGAGACCCUGGGGCACCAAGGGAGCCACAUGGCCACCCUCCAACUGAGAAUAGAUGGGAUGCGCUGUAAAUCGUGUGUUUUGAAUAUUGAAGGAAAUAUAGGCCAACUCCCAGGGGUUCAAAAUAUUCGAGUGUCCUUGGAGAACAAAACUGCCCAAAUUCAGUAUGACCCUUCCUGUGUCACCCCCUUGUUCCUAAAAACGGCCAUUGAGGCACUGCCGCCUGGGCGCUUUAAAGUUUCUCUUCCUGAUAGAGUAGAGGGGCAUGAUGGGGUAGAGGGGGAUGAGCCCCAGAGUGGGUCUUCCAGUUUUCUCUCCCCUGGCUCCUCCCAGAGACACCAGGAGCAGGGCCCAGGCAGUACUGCGGUGCUCACCAUCACUGGCAUUACUGACGCAUCAUCCGUUCAGCCCAUCGAAGGCAUGCUGUCCCAGCGGAAAGGUGUGUGGCAAGUAUCCAUCUCUGUGGCCGAAGGGACUGCAAGAGUCCUUUAUGAUCCCUCAAUAGUUAGCUCAGAUGAACUCCGAGUGGCCGUAGAAGACAUGGGAUUUGAGGCGUCAGUGAAUUCCGAAAACCUUCCUAUCAGCCCUGUCAGACACCUCAGCUCUGGGAAAUCUGUGCCACAUAGCAUGGGUGGUCCACCGGUGUCUGCACAGAACAUGGCUUCCAACACUGGAGGGGACCCCACACACCAUGAUCCUGUCUGCUCAUCAGGUACCCCACCAUCCCCGGGAACAGCAGCACCACAGAAGUGCUUUGUACACAUCAAGGGCAUGACCUGUGCAUCCUGUGUGUCAAACAUAGAAAGGAGUCUUCAGAGACAUGCUGGUAUUCUCUCUGUGUUGGUUGCCUUGAUGUCGGGAAAGGCAGAGGUCAAGUAUAAUCCAGAGGUCAUCCAACCACCCAGAAUAGCUCAGCUCAUCCAGGACCUGGGCUUUGAAGCAACAAUCAUGGAGGACAACACAGCCUCUGAAGGUGACAUUGAACUGAUUAUCACGGGGAUGACCUGUGCUUCCUGUGUUCACAACAUAGAGUCCAAGCUCACGAGGACAAAUGGUAUCACUUAUGCCUCUGUGGCCCUUGCCACCAACAAAGCCCAUGUGAAGUUUGAUCCUGAAAUCAUUGGUCCACGGGAUAUCAUCAAGAUUAUUGAGGAAAUCGGCUUUCAUGCUUCCCUGGCCCAGAGAAACCCCAGCGCUCAUCACUUGGACCACAAGAUGGAAAUAAAACAGUGGAAAAAGUCUUUCCUGUGUAGCCUGGUGUUUGGCAUCCCUGUCAUGGGCUUGAUGGUCUACAUGUUAAUCCCCAGCAAUAUGCCCCAUGAGACGAUGGUCCUGGACCACAACAUCAUUCCAGGACUGUCUGUUCUAAAUCUCAUCUUCUUCAUCUUGUGUACCUUUGUCCAAUUCCUUGGUGGGUGGUACUUCUAUGUUCAAGCCUACAAGUCUUUGAAGCACAAGGCAGCCAACAUGGACGUGCUCAUCGUGCUGGCCACCACCAUUGCCUACGCCUACUCUCUGGUCAUCCUGGUGGUCGCAGUGGCUGAGAAGGCUGAGAAGAGCCCUGUGACGUUCUUCGAUACGCCCCCCAUGCUCUUCGUGUUCAUUGCCCUUGGGCGCUGGCUGGAGCAUGUGGCAAAGAGCAAAACUUCAGAAGCCCUUGCAAAACUCAUGUCACUCCAAGCCACAGAAGCCACAGUUGUGACCCUUGGUGAGGACAACUUAAUCCUCAGAGAGGAGCAAGUGCCCAUGGAGCUGGUGCAGCGAGGUGAUAUCAUCAAGGUUGUCCCUGGGGGCAAGUUCCCAGUGGAUGGGAAAGUCUUGGAAGGCAACACCAUGGCAGAUGAGUCCCUCAUCACAGGAGAGGCCAUGCCUGUCACUAAGAAACCUGGGAGUAUAGUGAUUGCUGGCUCUAUAAAUGCUCACGGCUCUGUGCUCAUUAAAGCUACCCAUGUGGGCAACGACACUACUUUGGCUCAGAUUGUGAAGUUGGUGGAAGAAGCCCAGAUGUCAAAGGCACCCAUUCAGCAGCUGGCUGACCGGUUUAGUGGAUACUUUGUCCCAUUUAUCAUCAUCAUUUCAACCCUAACAUUGGUGGUGUGGAUUGUCAUCGGUUUUGUCGAUUUUGGUGUUGUUCAGAAAUACUUCCCCAACCCCAACAAGCAUAUCUCGCGGACAGAGGUGAUCAUCCGAUUUGCCUUCCAGACGUCCAUCACGGUGCUCUGCAUCGCCUGCCCCUGCUCCUUGGGACUGGCCACACCCACAGCAGUUAUGGUGGGCACUGGGGUGGCUGCCCAGAAUGGUGUCCUCAUCAAAGGAGGCAAGCCCCUGGAGAUGGCUCACAAGAUCAAGACUGUUAUGUUUGACAAAACUGGCACCAUUACCCAUGGAGUCCCCAGAGUCAUGCGGUUCCUGUUGCUUGUGGACAUGGUUACACUGUCCCUCAGGAAGGUUCUGGCGGUGGUGGGCACUGCAGAGGCCAGCAGCGAGCACCCCCUGGGCGUGGCAGUCACUAAAUACUGCAAAGAGGAACUUGGAACAGAGACCCUCGGAUACUGCACAGACUUCCAGGCAGUGCCAGGCUGUGGAAUUGGCUGUAAAGUUAGCAAUGUGGAAAGCAUCCUGGCUCACAGUGAUCUGACCGGUCACCCGAACGGGGUUGGCAGCUCUCCCACAGGAAAAGAUACAGGCCCCCAGACCUUCUCUGUGCUGAUUGGAAACCGGGAAUGGAUGAGGCGCAAUGGUUUAACCAUCUCCAGUGAGAUCAGUGACGCCAUGACAGACCACGAGAUGAAAGGACAGACAGCCAUCCUGGUGGCUAUCGAUGGUGUGCUGUGCGGGAUGAUCGCCAUCGCCGAUGCUGUUAAGCCAGAGGCUGCCCUGGCGAUAUACACACUGAAAAGCAUGGGUGUGGAUGUGGUUCUGAUCACAGGGGACAACCGGAAGACAGCCAGAGCCAUUGCCACUCAGGUUGGCAUCAACAAAGUCUUCGCUGAGGUACUGCCUUCUCACAAGGUGGCCAAGGUCCAGGAGCUCCAGAACGAGGGGAAGAAAGUAGCCAUGGUGGGAGACGGGGUGAACGACUCCCCAGCCUUGGCCCAGGCCGACGUGGGAAUUGCUAUUGGGACUGGCACAGAUGUUGCCAUCGAAGCAGCAGACGUGGUUCUUAUCAGAAAUGACCUAUUGGAUGUGGUGGCCAGCAUUCAUCUCUCCAAGAGGACUGUCCGGAGGAUCCGGGUCAAUCUGGUGCUGGCACUGAUUUAUAACAUGGUUGGAAUACCUAUUGCCGCAGGUGUCUUCAUGCCCAUUGGCAUCGUCCUGCAGCCAUGGAUGGGUUCAGCGGCCAUGGCAGCCUCCUCUGUGUCUGUGGUACUCUCCUCUCUUCAGCUCAAAUGCUAUAGAAAGCCCGACGUGGAGAGAUAUGAGGCACAGGCCCAUGGCCGCAUGAAGCCUCUGAAUGCAUCCCAGGUUAGUGUGCAUGUUGGCAUGGACGAUCGACGGCGAGAUUCUCCUAGGGCCACACCGUGGGACCAGGUCAGCUACGUGAGCCAAGUGUCUCUGUCCCCUCUGACAUCAGACAGACUGUCUCGGCAUGGUGGCCCAGCAGAUGACAAUGGGGACAAAUGGUCCCUGCUUCUGAGUGACAGGGAUGAAGAGCAGUGCAUCUGAGAGCUCCAGGUGGCAGCCCUGGGCAGGCCAGGGUGCUCCUUCUAGGUGAGCCUGCAUCCACUCACGGU